GGGGAGCACGCUCCGCUCCGCCCCGUCCGCCCGCUCGCGGUGACGCGUUUCGCCCGCGCCGCUGCGGUGCAUGCUGGGGCGGUGGCGGGACCAUGGCGAGCGAUUUCUAUCUCCGCUACUACGUGGGGCACAAGGGCAAGUUCGGCCACGAGUUCCUCGAGUUCGAGUUCCGGCCCGACGGGAAGCUGCGUUACGCCAACAACAGCAACUACAAGAACGACGUCAUGAUCCGAAAGGAGGCUUACGUGCAUAAGAGCGUGAUGGAGGAGCUGAAGAGAAUAAUCGACGACAGUGAAAUCACAAAAGAAGAUGACGCUCUGUGGCCUCCUCCUGACAGAGUUGGUCGACAGGAGCUUGAAAUAGUAAUCGGUGAUGAGCACAUCUCCUUUACCACGUCAAAAAUUGGUUCACUCAUUGAUGUAAAUCAAUCCAAGGAUCCAGAAGGCUUGAGAGUGUUCUACUACCUGGUCCAGGACCUUAAGUGUCUAGUGUUCAGUCUUAUUGGACUACAUUUCAAGAUUAAGCCAAUUUAAACCAAACAAACUGAAGUUUGUAUUGCAAUGUCUGGGGCGGGGGGGGGGAUGCUCUUUCAAUUCCUAUUUCUGGCCUGAAACUUUGAUAUAUGUUAGUUUUUGUUUUUUUGUUUUUUUUUUUUUUUUACAAACUGUCAGUGACUGUUUUAAUAAAAUGGUGAGAUCUGUAUUUUUAAUUUA